CCUUCGGGCGAGCCACGUGGGCAGGCUAGUGGAGCCGUUGCUAGGCGACAACCGCUUUUGGGAGGGCGACACACAGGUGUUCUAACUGAUCGGGGAUUUUACCCCGGAGAAAGCAAGGGGUCCAAAACUGGGGCUGCUGGGCCUUGCCAUGGAAAAGAAUGAUGCAAUCAACUUCAAGGCUUUGGAGAAAGAGCUGCAGGCUGCACUUGCUGCUGAUGAGAAGUACAAAAGGGAGAAUGCUGCCAAGUUACGGGCAGUUGAACAAAGAGUGCCUUCCUAUGAGGAGUUCAGAGGUAUUGUCCUUGCAUCACACCUGAAACCUCUGGAACAGAAAGACAAGAUGGGAGGAAAAAGAAUUGUGCCCUGGAACAGUCACACUACUAGGGAAAGGACUUUUCAGGAGGUAGACACUGAAAUACUCCAGCAGGAGAAAUCACCCUUCCAGCCUGCAACCUCUGCAGAGUUUUACCGGGAUUGGCGGAGGCACUUAAGAAGUGGGUCAGAGCGCUACCAAGCCCUGCUUCAACUUGGGGGCCCCAAGCUGGGCCACCUCUUCCAGAUGGAUGUGGGCUUUGGACUUCUUGGGGAGCUACUGGUGGCACUGGCUGAGCAUGUGAAGCUAAGUGACCGGGAGGCAGUACUAGGGAUUCUGCACAGCUUGGCUAACACUGGGCGAUUCACCUUGAACCUGAGCCUGCUGAGCCGUGCAGAGCAAGAGAGCUGCCAGCUCUUGUUUCAGAAGUUGCAGGCUAUGGGCACCACCAGACCCAUGCAGGGGGUGCUCAGCAUGGAGGAGCCAUCUGCUGGGCUACAGGGAGAAGAGGGGCUCCUGCAGGAGCUGUUAGGUCUGUAUGGAGUCCACUGAUAGGACUGGCUGCCC